CUUCUGCAGGCGGUGACAAGCUGCCCACGAUCGCUGAAGUUUUCAAUGAAGAUGAUGCUGAUAGCGAUUGGUUCGGAAAUCCAAAUGCGUUUGAUCCUUUAGCAGUUCCGCCGAAUGCUCCACAGGGUGCAGUGUACGUUCCGCUCAGCAACGAUGUACCUGGUGCUGACGCUGAUCUAAGUGUUGUUGGAGAGGGAGCAUACUACGUGGGACUGGGAUUAGGAUGGCGACAGGCGAAACCCAAGGAGAGUACGCAAAAUUCUUCUUCCUCGGCGAAAAAUGGAACUGAUGACGUCGACGGAAUAGGAUGGAUAGCUGACAGCGGGGACGAAAAGAAAAUCGACUCGUUUUUUUUUGAAGAUCAGGAAGAUGAUCUCCUGGGGAGUCCACAUCCAAAUGAACUGAAGACGAAAAAGAAGGGUAAAGCGCCUAAGAAGGAACCUGUGGAGAAUAAGAAGCAAGAAGCAAGCAAGAAAACAACAGAAGAUGAGAUCGAAAAGGUACUGGGCGACAAGACAACUAAUAACAAUACUACUAGCGGCACUUCUAAAAGUGGAGAAACUGAAAGCAGUCAGAAGGUUCCAGAUGAUGUUCUUCCAAACAAUUCAACUUCGUCGUCUUCUUCUACAUCUACAGUUCAAAAGGCGGGAAGCACUGCAAAGGCUUCAGCUGUACAAGACAAACCAAGUGAAGGGAUCCGUGACCUAGAAAGUAAAACUGCCCUUGAUAUCACGAAUCGAAUCAUUUCGCCUCUUGGAAAUGACGAAAGCAGAUCCGCAAAGCAAGCGGGUGCUAGUAGUACUUCUAGCACGACGGUAAAGGCGGCUUUUCCUCUCCGUGAGAGUGUGGCAGGAGCAGAAAACGCAGCUGCUGCAACUUCAUCUGCAGCGCCUAGUGCGAAGAAGAGCGUCCAUGCUACGAAGCUGGUGCUUGAAGCUGAGGACACAGAUGUGAAGGCAAAGGGACAGACUUUCUCAUCUUCUGCGUCAGCUACUGCGACGGCGGUUUUCGUGCAAGAUGUGGAAAUAGCUGUUACAGCCAAGCAAGGCGCAGCGGAUACCGGAAUACUAAUAGACAUCAUCAACGCUAAUGUGAUCGACAAGAAACAAAUUCCGUUUUACACGGAAGACUUGGACAAACCGUCACAGCGGCACAAUCUGAGUGAUCCGGAAGUUCGAGAAUCUGCGCAAAGUAACGGAUCGCGUUCAAGGAAAGCGCCAACCGAUUGGCUGUUAGAAGCGGAACGUAUCGAAGCAAUGCGGCAACGUCGUCGGCAACAAGAAAAAGCGAAAUACGAGAAGAGCGUGCAAGAUGCCGGACGAGCCGGCAAUGAUGACAAAAACAAGAAGCCAAUGGCAAAACCGAAGCCGACCAGGGUCAGCAGAAGCGUCCACACUACGCGGGGAUCAACUCAGACGAAAAUGGUAUGUCUUCCCACUGAGAUAGUGGGGGGAUUUUACUUUCGAACGACCGCGGCAGGAUUGAAGUCUAUGGGUAUGUUCCAAAAAUAUCUUGAUUUAUAGCAUCGGCAUCCGUAUCCAUUUCAUUUUGUAGCCUAGAUGCCUUUAUGCUUUUCAAGAUUAUUCUUAAUUUUUCUAGGUGAUCUAUGCUUCUAUGUGUUCAUAUUGUCGUAAGCGUGUUUUUUUCUAAACGUUGCCGAAUGAAAAUGGCGCAUGCGGAGUCGAGCUGCUUUUACGAAAUACACAAUUUUGGAAUCGAGAAAGAGCUGAACUUUUUGGACUCUCAGCGGAAUGGAGAAAAAACAAAGUCCAUUGGUAUCCAGGGGGCAGCAGCUGCGCAAGCUAUUCUGUUUCAGCAUAUAGGGCGAUGCAGAUUUCAGAUGAAAUUUUGGACCGGAAAGCGGGAGGCGCGGUCCGUUGACGACAUUGACAGAAUCAAGCGAGCAUAUCACUUUUGGAUGUUACCGGUUGAAGAACUACUCACAAUACAUCCGGAAAUUAAACCAGAG